AUGGGUUAUGGUAUGAGGUCCAAGAAUUCAGCGUACGCCCCUUGUGGUAGCAUGUACUUGAUUUUAUGUAUAAGCAAAGGCGUCAGGGCGGGGUUUAGUUGCUCCUCUCUGGCGCGGCGGAUUCAGAGAAUGAGCUGCGAAGCACAAUACUUUUCCAAGGACUUUGAGUGGGAAGAAUUAAGGGCAGAGAUCGAAGCAGACCCUUGUUUUCGUUACCACUUGCUCCCAUUUGAGCCGUCUUCUUCUUGGAGACAAGCAGAAACCGACGUGAAUGCCUGGGAGCAGUUUCACAGCCGUCAUUCCUCCGGAAAAUUCUUCAAGGAGAGACGAUAUUUGGUGAAGGAAUUCCCUGAACUGCUUUCUUGUGGAAAAAACGCAGUUUUGGAAGUAGGUUGUGGCAACGGAAGUACUGCUCUUCCCAUUUUACGAGCCAACAAAGAUGUUAUUGUUUAUGCAUGCGACUGUAGUAGCAAGAGUUUGAAAAGAGCACAAGAAGUUAUAGGUUCUGCUACAAUUGGCUCUUUUGAAGACCGUUUCCACACAUUCUGUUGUGAUGUUUCCACUAAUGGAUUUCCCCAGUGGUUGGCAUGCAAUUCUUGCCGAAAUAAGUUUUUGCAAAAGCAGCCAAACUGCUUGUCAGAGUUCAAGGAGGGCAAUGAACCAUGUUUUACCAAUACAUGUUCACCAGAUGAAUGUGAUGGUUGUACUGGUGGAGUAGAUUUUGUAACUUUGAUAUUUACUCUAUCAGCAGUACCACUGGAAAGAAUGUUGAGGUCCAUCAAGGAGUGUUUUGCUGUGUUGAAGCCUGGAGGAAUGGUAUUUUUCAGGGACUAUGGUCUGUAUGAUAUGACCAUGCUUCGAUUUGAGCAAGCUAAGAGAGUUGGAUUCAGGGAAUACAAGCGAUCAGAUGGCACCCAUUCAUAUUUCUUCUGUUUAGAUACUGUCAGAGACCUAUUUGUUGGUGCAGGCUUCACUGAGCUCGACCUUGAUUAUUGUUGUGUCAAGUCCGUGAAUCGCCAGCAAGGGAAGAGCAUGCGAAGGGUGUGGGUUCAUGGGAAGUUUCAGAAGCCUAAGUUUGUUUAGAGUUGUCUAAGAAUAUUUGCGAAGUGACAUGUAAGUUCUGGAGAACGUAUACGCACUGGGAGAAGAGAUGGAAGAAAAGGGGAAACCUUUAUGGUUUGCAGUCCAGUGAUGGAAGUUUACUGAUGCAAGAUCCACCGUUUUCUGAAUACAUGAACCAGCCACCCCCCCCCCCCCAAAAAAAACCCCGGGGUGAAAAAACCCAAGGCAGCGUUGUUUGCUCUUCAUUGGUUAUCUCGUCUGCAUUUGUUGAUUUACAAGUGUACUGUGACUAUUUUCACCCAAAUAUAAAAAAGGUGUAUUUGACUGAGGCUGAGUA